GAGGGUCUGCCGUUCGCUCUCUCGACCUUCUUGAUUGAGAAGGAAAAAAAAAAAAAGAAAAAAAAAGAAAGAAAGAAGAGACGAUUUUGUUGGCUUCACCUUUUGGUUUCUAUUCGAUCGAUGAAUCUUGAGAGUCUCUCUACAUUUUAGAGUUCCUCGGAUCGUUUCGUCCCAAUGGUAGUUCUCCGAUCCGCCCCCGCCCAGAUCUGUGUUUCUUUCUAGAUUAGUCCGGAUUUCUCCUCCGCCACCGCCGGAGUUCGGCUUUAGGGUUAGGGUUGGGAGAGAUGAGGGUGGUUAAGUCGCAGGUGUGGCAACCAUGCAAGAAGAAGAGGUCUUGACGCAUUGAGGAAUGGUGAUGAGGAGAAACGUUUGGUUUGUCGAAGGAUAUUAGUGUUGGAAUCUCCGGGGGGCCAAACAUGAGCACGGUGGGAAGGACGAGGGUGGGGAAGUAUGAGCUCGGGAGAACCCUCGGGGAGGGGACGUUCGCCAAGGUGAAGUUCGCGAGGAACGUGGAGACGGACGAGUGCUUCGCCAUCAAGAUCCUUGAUAAGGAGAAGAUCCUUCGCCACAAGAUGGUCGGCCAGAUAAAACGUGAGAUCUCAACCAUGAAGCUAAUCAAACAUCCAAAUGUCAUACGGAUGUAUGAGGUGAUGGCCAGCAAGACAAAAAUAUACAUAGUUUUGGAACUUGUAACGGGGGGAGAGCUCUUUGACAAAAUUGCCUGUCAUGGAAAAUUGAAGGAAGAUGAAGCCAGAAAAUAUUUUCAACAGCUAAUCAAUGCUGUAGACUACUGUCAUAGCAGACAUGUCUUCCACAGAGAUCUGAAGCCAGAAAAUCUGCUAUUGGACUCAAAUGGGGUGCUCAAAGUCUCGGAUUUUGGACUAAGUGCAUUACCUCAGCAAUUUCGUGAGGAUGGAUUGCUUCACACAACAUGUGGGACUCCAAAUUACGUUGCUCCUGAGGUGAUUAACAACAAAGGUUAUGAUGGGGCCAAAGCAGAUCUUUGGUCCUGUGGAGUCAUUCUUUUUGUCCUAAUGGCAGGUUACCUGCCUUUUGAAGAUUCCAACCUUAUGUCUUUAUAUAAAAAGAUCUUUAAAGCAGAAUUUACUUGUCCUUCUUGGUUGUCUACAAGUGUAAAGAAACUUAUCAAGAGGAUUUUGGAUCCCAAUCCUGCAACUCGCAUUACAAUUGCUCAAGUCAUUGAGAAUGAGUGGUUUAAGAAAGGAUAUCAGCCACCAAGGUUUGAGACACCAGAUGUUGAUCUUGGUGAUGUGGAUGCAAUUUUCAAUGGAUCUGGGGACUCCGCAAAUCUUGUUGUUGAGAAACGAGAUGAAAGGCCAGCCACAAUGAAUGCUUUUGAGCUUAUUUCGACAUCUCAGGGUCUCAAUCUUGGCAUCCUUUUUGAGAAGCAAAUGGGCAUUGUGAAACGGGAAUCAAGGUUUGCAUCAAAACUUCCUGCAAAUGAGAUACUUUCAAAAAUUGAGCAAGCAGCCACGCCUCUGGGAUUCAAUGUAGAGAAGCAAAAUUACAAGUUAAAGCUGAAAGGGGAGAAAAGUGGAAGGAAAGGUCAUUUAGCCAUUACAACAGAGGUUUUUGAAGUAGCACCCUCAUUAUACAUGGUGGAGCUUCGUAAGUCUAAGGGUGAUACCUUCGAAUUUCACAAAGUUUACAAGAACCUCUCAACAGGCCUGAAAGAUAUUGUAUGGAAGUCACAAGAUGAAGCUGGCGGAACUAAUGAAAGUGACCCAAGGGGAGCGCUGGGAGGGAUUUUAUUUUGUGUUAUUUUAUUUUUCCUUUCCCUAAUGCCGAGAGAGAGAAAGGUUGGGAAGGACGGAGAGGGAGAGGGAGAGGGAGAGGGCGGGAUGAAAGAGGAGGUCAUAAGCUCGGGGACGAUGGAUCCCUUCGCGCUCGCCAGGUCUUCUUCUCCUCCUCCAACUCCAGCCGCGAGUUCUGCUGGGGCAUCCUCAGCUGCUGCUCCAACCAAUAUGCCCAGCAUUGAUUGGCAUGGUAGUGCACAUGGUUCCAAAGCAGCUUCUUUGUCCUGUUUUGGUCCCCAACCCCUUCGGACCUCUUUAAGCACAAAUGCUGGUGGCUCUGCUCUGGGUUCCUCACUACCUUCAUGCAGACCAUGGGAACGGGGUGAUCUACUUCGGCGUCUGGCCACAUUUAAGCCUUCAAAUUGGUUUGCAAAACCAAAGGCUGCCAGCUCGUUGGCUUGUGCUCGAAGAGGUUGGAUGAACACUGAUAUGGACAGAAUUGAAUGUGAAUCAUGUGGCAUGCAGCUCACAUUUAAUGCAUUAGCAUCCUGGACACCUUGUGAAGUUGAUCACGCUGGGGAAGCAUUUGCAGAACAGCUUGAUGCAGGUCACAAAGGUACUUGUCCUUGGAGAGGCAAUUCCUGUGCUAACAGCUUGGUGCAGUUCCCUCCAACUCCUCCAUCGGCGCUUAUUGGGGGUUAUAAAGAUCGGUGUGAUGGGCUUUUGCAAUUUCACUCCCUUCCGGUAAUAACUUCAUCUGCUGUUGAGACCAUGAGGUUCACAAGGAGCAGUCAAAUUGAUCGCCUUCUGUCACAACCACAUACAUUUUUAUCUGGGGAAUUAGCCUGUAAAGCAGAUAGUGCGCCAGGAUUAGAAAUCCCUCGACAUGAUGCCUUUUGGAGCCAUUCUCAUGCACAGAAGCUUAUAAGCCUGUGUGGAUGGGAGCCUAGAUGGCUUCCAAACGUUCAAGACUGUGAAGAGAAUUCAGCUCAUUCUGCUAGAAAUGCAUGCUCAGUUGAUCCAACUGAAGAUGAAUUUCAUCAUUCUCACUUUCCCCAACUUGGUAAGAAUGCGUUCUCUGUCUCAGUAAAGAAAGAUGCUGGAAAGAAGUUGAAGACUGUUAAACAAUCUAGGUGCAACAUGAGAUCUCCAUUACUAGAUUGUAGCUUAUGUGGGGCUACUGUCAAAAUCCAGGAUUUCCGCAUGGUGCCUCGUCCUACAUGUUUUGGCCCCAAUGCUGAUACUCCAGAUGUGGGCAAAAAAAUGGCAUCGACACGUGGAGUUAGUGCAGCCAGUGCAAUCAAUGGAUGGGCUGCUGCUGAGGAUAUAGAGAAGGAACAGAUAGAGGGUUGUGAUGAAGCAGCAACAACUGAUGAGGGGAAAUCACUAUCAAAUGCUGGCAUGGAUUUGAACCUCACAAUGGCUGGAGGAUUACCAUCUAUUCAAUCUGGCAUGCCAGCAAAAUCGCAACAUUUUGAUGAUGGUGGAAUGGGGAGAGAUCUAAUGAUUGGCAGGCCUACUGGAAGUGAGGUUGGUGGCCAUGCAGCUUCACAUGAGUCACGGGGUCCAAGCACUAGGAAGCGUUGCCUGGAGGAAGGUGGAAGCACAGGUGACAGGCCCCAGGACAGGAUUCAACAGGCUGAUAGCAUUGAAGGGACUGUUAUUAACCAUGCUGGUGAUGAAGUUGGUGAUGGUGCACAGGAUUCAGAUGGCCCCCACAAACGUGCUCGUGGGUUUGAUAUCUUUGAUACAUACCAUCCAUCAUGCAAAAUAGAUUCCUCUGGUGCUGGUCCUCAUCUUAAUUUAUGCUUUGAUAUAGAUAUAGAUGUCAAUAAAGUUUAUUCCUUUAAAGAAGGGAGUGAUGCAGCUGCUGGCGUCCCAUCCACAAGAGAUUCUGCUCGGGCAUCCUCUGUUAUUGCAAUGGAUACGAUUUAUCAUACCCCCGAGGAGUAUUCUAUGGAAAGUGUCGAGAAUUAUCCUGGAGAUCUUGAUGCUGUUCAAUUUCCCUCUCCAAGCAUGCAGAGGAACCUUGACAUGGAAGAGGCACUGGAUUUAAAUUACAGCAAUCAAGCACAGCAAAGCACUUGUGUACAACGUGCUGCUGGAAGUGUUGCCAGAGAAAUGGGAGGCAGCAGCACAAAUGAUGGGGAAGAAAUUCUAAAUGCCGAAACAGUCACAGCUUAUGCUAGGGACAGAUUUAGUUUAGGAAUUAGUGGAGGGAGUGUUGGUAUGGGUGCAAGUCAUGAAGCUGAAAUCCAUGGAGCUGAUACUUCUGUGCAUAGAGCAGAUAGCUUCGUUGAUGAUGCAGAACCAAUCACUGAAGUCACCGAGCAUCUGAGACAGACUGGUGAAUCAGCUCCAGGACCUGGACUAAUGGAUGGGUUUGCUCCAGAAGAAGCUGGUAGAGAGGAUCCUCAUGGUGAUAGUCAAGAAAUGAUAUCUCGAUCAGUAGGAAGAGCAGAUAGUGGGUCAAAAUUUUAUGGUUCAACAAAAUCUGAUUCUGUUGAAAGUGGGAAGAAGAUUAGCAAUACCUUGGGUCAGGACAGCAGCGCCCAUCCUUCACUUUCUUGUAAUGCAAUCAUAUAUUCCAAUUAUGAAGCAUCCAAAGAGGAGGUGACUCAGACUGGCAAGGCAUCUGCCACUGAUGAUCUUACACUCCUGGGAUCAGGAUAUGUUCCUGAAAAUGGGAUGGGAACAGCAAAUGGAGAAAAUGAUUAUGAAGCAGAAGCUGGAGAAUUUGAUCCAAUUAAGCAUCAUAACAGUUAUUGUCCUUGGGUAAAUGGAAAUGUUGCAGCCGCUGGUUGUGAAAGUGACAGUGGUUCAAGUUCCAGCAGUACUGUAGCUCUUUGUGGUUGGCAGCUUAGUCUGGAUGCUUUAGAUACUUUUCAAUCCCUUGGGCAUGUUCCUAAUCAAACAAUGCAGUCCGAGUCUGCAGCUUCUUUGUAUAAGGAUGAUCAUGCAACUCCAAGCCAGAAACCUUUGACAUGCCAUCCUGUGGGUAAAAGCCAGGGAAAACACUGAUCGGAAUUUAAUUAAGCACUAGGUCAGCUGGGCAGCUGCAGGAAGGAGGAGAGCAUGUGACUUCUAUCUGAUGAGGGAAGAAAGCACCGCAUUUGUUUUUAGACAUGUUAAAAGGCUCUUUGCCAGUUGAACUGACCGUAUUGUGUAUCCUUAAUAACUCCCUGCGUCUUUUCAGGGCUAUGACUCAGAUACAUCCGAUUGUGUUGUAAACCAGUUCGAUCUAGAGGCCAAGGCCAAUUAUCUUUUGAAGAAUCUAACGCAAGUCACUCUUGUUCUUGCUCCCAGUUCCCAUUUCAUAUAUAUGUAUGGUUCAGUUUCUGCAUUUCUGAUGUUGUCAUCCAUGUGCUUGAUGAUGAUUCAUUCUACCGGACUACUUUCAUAUAAACUAUUUGGAAAUUUAUCUUAUCCCCCAAGAAUUGGCACUGGGGUCUAUUU